UCAAGCUGGGAAAUUCGACCAGUGCUCUGCGCAGUUCCGAGUCUGCUAUCUAAGCGCUGCGUUUUGUUUCUUCCUCUCCCCCCUUCUUCCCUCUUUCGCCCCUUUUCGGGACCAUCCUUAUCACCCUUCUCAGCGGGUCUACGUCGGAGCAAGAAGACCGCCGGAUUUCCCCCCCGAAGACGGACUGGCUGGGAUUUCUAUCCCCUGGAGACGAGUAAGAGGAACUAAAAUCAAAGAGGAGAGCGCUGCUCACACUUUAAUCGAAGGAUUCGCGAUUCCCGUCCAGGCGCAGGGCCUGGGAAGCAGGGCGCAGAGGGGAGGGGGGCGUGGGGAAGCUGGAAAAAAUGCAGGUGUAAGUAAACAUCCCUUUAACCCGCCCACUUUAUUGCUGUUUUGUUCUAUAACAACUCGGAAGAACGCAAAGGGAGGACAGCUAAUCCGUUUGGGCAGGGGGGCUGCUUUCCUUGUCUUUUCUGGAGCGGGUGGUCGCUUCCAAGGUUAAGCCCCCUCUUCCCGCCCCGUAUGAGUGCGGCGGUGGGGACUGAUCCUGCCCUCUCGGCGCCCGGGGGAUUCGGCGGCGCCUGCCCGAUGGCGACGAGCUUGUGCUAAGGCGGGGGUCUUCACGGAAGCGGAGAUCCAGGGGAGCGGAUCCGGGGUGGCGGGCGGCCGCGGGGGCCCGGCGGCGAUGAGUUUGGUAGGGGGCUUCCCCCACCACUCGGUGGUUCACCAUGAAGGCUACCCCUUCGCCGCCGCCGCCGCCAGCCGCUGCGGCCACGAGGAGAACCCGUACUUCCACGGCUGGUUGAUCAGCAGCCACCCUUCGGAGAUGUCCCCGCCCGACUAUAGCAUGGCGCUCUCGUACAGCCCCGAGUACGCCAACGGAGCGCCGGGCCUGGAGCAUCCCCACCACUACGUGGGCGGCGUCGCUCCCCCUGGUAGUGGCGGCGGGCCGCCGGGCUUGGGGGGCGGCCCUCGGCCGGUCAAACGGCGCGGCACGGCCAACCGCAAGGAGCGGCGCAGGACUCAGAGCAUUAACAGCGCCUUUGCCGAGCUGCGCGAGUGCAUCCCCAACGUGCCGGCCGACACCAAGCUCUCCAAGAUCAAGACGCUGCGCUUGGCCACUAGCUACAUCGCCUACCUCAUGGACCUCCUGGCUAAGGACGACGCCAACGGCGAGACCGAGGCCUUCAAGGCCGAGAUCAAGAAGACCGACCUCAAGGAGGACAAGAGGAAGAAAGAGCUGAACGAGAUCUUGAAAAGCACAGUUAGCAGCAACGACAAGAAAACCAAGGGAAGGACUGGUUGGCCCCAGCACGUUUGGGCUCUGGAACUCAAGCAGUGAAGGCGAGCGCAAAGAGUGGAGAAUUCAUUCCUUCCAGGACUCUGGACCUUCCAGGCGAGGUUGCUGAGCUGAGGACUUUUCCUUCUUGCCCUUGUUUUGGAAUCGUAUGGUUUAUUUAUGUGCAAUUUCCCUCCCUUAGUCUUCCUCCUUUAAAAAAAAUGUGGAUCUUGGAAGAAAAGCAUUCCAUAUUUCAGUAUAUGAAGAGGAAAACUCCGGCGUGGUAAGGAGAAACAUGAGCUCCAAAGGGUGUUUCCCCCCUCCCUGUUAUGAAUGUUACCUUGCUUUGUUUGUAUAGAACCCAGGGGACAAAAAAAAAAAUCAAAAUCAAAAAUGAAGGCAUUAGUGUGUAAUAUGAAGUGUAUACGUUUAAUACCUGCCCUGUUUUGAAUUAUUGUGGAUGGUAAUUUUAAGCCAAAGCAGUUGCUUCCCCGCCCCCAGAUUUCCUAUCUUACCCGAGAUAGGACUUCGGGGUUGUGAGGGUUUUCUCUCCCUCCUCUCCAGCCCACCGCCGCCCCCGCCCCCCUUGAUCGUUCAAUAGUUGGAAGAGAGUUUCUAACAGUUCUUUGUUAAUCUGCACUUCGGUCCUAAAGGAAGCAAAACAAAAAUUAAAACUAAGCAAACUACAA